CGACGUCGGAAGCGCGAAGUUCAGGCUUCUUCACUUAAAAACAUAAAAAAAUAAAAAAAAUAAAAACUAUGAGCGACGGUGUCGAGGAGCCGCAAUGGAGGAAAGUGCAUUCCGUUACCGGAGUGACUCCGCGGUCCAGACACGGACACCGGGCAGCUGCAAUCCGCGAACUCAUCAUUGUUUUCGGUGGAGGAAAUGAAGGCAUCGCGGAGGAUCUCCAUGUUUACAACACCGUUUCGAGGCAGUGGUUUCUUCCGGCUGUGAGGGGUGACAUCCCACCCGGCUGCGCUGCUCAUGGCUUCGUCUGCGAAGGAACCCGGAUCCUGGUCUUUGGAGGCAUGGUGGAGUACGGGAAAUACACCAGCAGCCUCUAUGAGCUUCAGGCCAGCCGCUGGCUGUGGAAGAAGCUGAAGCCGAGGGCUCCCAGGAACGGCUGUCCUCCCUGCCCACGGAUCGGCCACAGCUUCACUCUGCUGGGGAACAAGUGUUACCUGUUCGGGGGGCUGGCCAAUGACAGCGAGGACCCCCACGGCAACGUGCCCAGGUACUUGGGGGACCUGUAUGAGCUGGAGCUGCAGCCGCUGACGGGGGUCCGAGGCUGGAACAUCCCUGACACUAAAGGAGGCGGACCCUGUCCUCGAGAGUCCCACACCGCGGUGGCCCACUCGGGCCUCGGCUCCUCCAGGCUCUACGUGUUCGGGGGGAUGGAGGGGGGUCGUCUGAACGACCUCUGGCAGCUGGAUCUGAGCUCCAUGGUUUGGUCGACCCCGGUAACCAGAGGCUCCGCCCCUCUUCCCAGAAGUCUUCACUCUGCCAACGUGAUUGGAAACAAAAUGUUUGUGUUCGGAGGCUGGGUUCUGGUUCCGGGGUCAGAGAAACGGGUCUCAGCAGAAGCGGAGUGGAUGUGCACCAACUCCUUAAACGUACUGAACUUAGACUCCAUGUGCUGGCAGAGGCUCGGCCCGGAGCAGAAGGACCACCUGGAGGCCCAGCUGCAGGUCCAGACCCCUCAGAGCGAGGACCCGCACGCCAGCUGGCCCAGAGCCAGGGCCGGACACUGCGCCGCCACCGUGGGCUCCAGGCUCUAUGUUUGGAGCGGCCGAGAUGGGUACCGCAAGAAUUGGAACUACCAGGUGUGCUGCAAAGACCUGUGGUACCUGGAGACAGAUCGACCUGCUCCUCCAGAACCCGUUCUGCUCAUUAAAUCCACCGUCGGCAUGCUGCACGUGGCGUGGCGCCCCCUGGCUGCAGCCGACUGCUACAUCCUCCAGCUGCAGCCCGCCUUCCCAGCCAACUCCAAACCUGAGGGGCCAACAGGACCAGAACCUGCAGGUGUGCCCCCGCCCCGCCCUCAAAACCAAGAAACAGAAGAGAAGCCAUCAGCUCAGUGUAAAUUUCAGGAGGCUGUAGAGCAGCAGAGUAAAGCUAGAAAAAACGGUUCAAAAGAAAGCAAAGUGGACGGGACCGGUUCCAGCAGAACCCAGGAGGACCCGGACUCUAAACGCUGCACUGCAGGACAGGAAGCAUCAGAGGAGAACAGCAGCUCCGACAAACCUCCUGGUUCUGCUGACACGGCAGCUUUGAUCCCCCGUACGGAUCAGGCUGAGCAGAACCAACAAGACCCGGUUUGGUUUGAUGUGGGCGUGUUUAAAACUCUUUACUGUGAGGUCACUCAGUACUUCCUGCCUGCAGAGAACCAGCAGGCUCCGGUCAGAACCAGCAACUGUAAAGAGAGGAAGCUGCCCGGACCUCAGGACUAUCAGGGCAGGGACAAGCAGGACCUGGUUCCGGGUCAGAUGUACCGGUUCAGGGUGGCGGGUCUGAACGGCUUCGGUCAGGGAGACUUCAGCCCCGUCAGCGACUUCAAAACCUGCCAGCCGGGCUUCCCUGGAGCGCCCUCUGCUGUCAAAAUCUCCAAGGUGAACGAUUUGGUCCAGAUCAACUGGAAUCCCCCGUCGUCUCCGUCGGGCCGGAUCUUGGAGUACUCCAUGUACCUGGCGGUGAGGAAGAACCGCUCGGAGCGGCCUGGUCAGAUGGCGUUCAUCAGGGUGUACCGCGGCAACAAGACGUCCUGCUCUGUUAGCUCCGCCCACCUGGUCAACGCCCACAUCGACAGCUCCUCGUCCAGCCGCCCGGCCGUGGUCUUCCGCAUCGCCGCCAAGAACGAGCAAGGCUACGGUCCGGCCACGCAGAUCCGCUGGAUCCAAGAUCCCAUUAAACUGCGAGGGUCUAAAACCGAGGGCGGUGCUGAGGUUGAGCAGGAUGCUGCUGACAGCUCCAGCUGAAACUGAUCCGGGAUUAAGAUCCGUCACUCAGGAAGUGGUCAGCGCUGCAUUUCAUCAGAAUUCCUUUAAUUUAAUUUAUUUUUGUAAAUAGAUUCACAUGUUGGCUGGAUUAUUUUUACUACUUGACUAUUUUUAAUUAUUGUUUUUAAAUAAUCCAGAUGUUUGAGCCUUUUAUUCUGAUGUCAGUUUGGUUUUUAAACACCUCGGUUUGAAUUCUUCUUCUUUGUUUCUUGUUAUGUUGAUUUUCACAAAAACUGUUCAACCUGAACUUGGCAGCAGUUUCACAAAAAGGUUUAAAAAUGUGCUUUUUAGGAAGGAUUUUAAGAGAAAUAUUUGUUUAUUUUAUGUUUUUAUUUUUGCAUAAAUCAAGCUGAGUUUUAGCAGGAACAUCAGACAUAAAACCAGGCCAGUAUUAAAUAAUUUUUUUUACAUCUUCCUGUAGUUUUUUUUAUAUUCUCACCUGAAACAGAAACCUUCACUUUGCAUUGUUUUGUUUACCUGGUGGAUUAUUUUUUGUAUUUUUUCAAACCAAGGCUGAAAACUAAAGAAAACUCUAAUGUAAAUUAAUGUUUGUGUAUCAGGUGAUCACAGUUUAAUUAAAAAAGUGAAUAAACGUUCAGACCAAACAUCAGUUUUUAUUACUGUCUGUUUCAUCUUGAAUCGUCUGUCUUGUUUACUUCAAAUAAAAGUAUGUUUAAGCAUU